CACUUUACAACAAUUAUGAAUAAUUACCUGAGUUCAAUGACCCACAAUAAACAGUACAUCCCAAAAGAGUCGGUCAAGGUAGGACUUUGUAGAAAGCAGAAUGAACUAGAGGUUAUGAUCAUUAAGAACAAAUAAACGAUUAAUAAUUGUUACUUCACUGUUAAUAAUUAGCUGAUCAUCUCACAGUUUGGGCUGGCCUUACCCUUUCCAUAAAUAGCAUCUGAGUGACCAGGGGGAGCCCUCAUUUUCCUGUUAGCAUCACUGCCCUCACACUGCGUUACAUCUUCCAUAAUGGCAUUCAGUGGAACCUGGCAGGUCUAUGCUCAAGAGAACUAUGAAGAGUUUCUGAAAGCUCUUGCACUGUCAGAAGAUCUUAUCAAAGUCGCUAGAGAUAUUAAGCCUGUUGUUGAAAUACAGCAAAAAGGAGAUGACUUUGUGGUGACAUCAAAAACACCCAAGCAAUCUGUAACUAACUCAUUUACACUUGGAAAAGAAGCUGAUAUUACUACUAUGGAUGGCAAAAAGCUAAAGUGUACUGUGAACCUAGUAAAUGGGAAGCUUGUGUGCAAAUCAGAUAAAUUCUCUCAUGAGCAAGAAGUUAAAGGAAAUGAAAUGGUGGAGACUAUAACUUUUGGUGGAGUAACGCUUGUCAGAAGAAGCAAGAGAGUUUAAACACCGAUCAUCUUCCUUGUGACACCUUUACAUACCUAAAAUAAAGUGCACUUUCC